ACUCAAUAAUUAAACAUAUUCAAAAAAAAAAAAGAAAAAAAGAACUCCCUUGCUUUUGCUGUGCUCAGGUGUGCCGCCUCUAUGUCAAGGAUCUUCAUCUCAAGUGAACUUUGACAUGGAAACUCAACUCAAUUUUCAAUCUAUCUUCAAACCCUAAAUUCCCAAUCAUUAUUCCAUUCCCCUUUCGCAAAUCAACCCUAAAACCAUUAACACCCCACAACACACAACAGAAGCUAAAAUGACAAUGCUUUCCCUAAAAAACCCCAACAAGCUACUCCCACCCUCUUCCAUUCCCACUCCAAUUUCUCACACUUCACUCUCUUCUUCAUAUUCUUCAUUCACUCUCAGAAACUCUGUUUCACUGAACCCUAGAUUAAGAACCAGUAACACUGAACCCCUGCGACGUCGUUUUAGACCAGUUAAAUGUUCAUUUUCAUCCGUUGAUAAUGCUAAGAUUAAGGUUGUUGGUGUUGGUGGCGGUGGCAACAAUGCCGUUAACCGCAUGAUUGGUUGCGGAUUACAGGGUGUAGACUUUUAUGCUAUAAAUACUGAUGCUCAAGAACUGUUGCAUUCUGCUGCUGAAAAUACUAUCCAAAUUGGAGAACUCUUGACCCGUGGAUUAGGUACCGGUUGUAAUCCACUUUUGGGGGAACAAGCUGCUGAGGAAUCAAAAGAAACUAUUUUUAAUGCUCUUCAAGGAUCUGAUUUAGUGUUUGUAACUGCUGGUAUGGGCGGUGGUACAGGGUCUGGUGCUGCUCCUGUUGUGGCCCAGAUAGCAAAAGAGGCUGGCUACUUAACCGUAGGUGUUGUUACUUAUCCAUUCAGUUUUGAAGGACGCAAAAGAUCAGUGCAGGCACUAGAAGCCAUCGAAAAGCUGCAGAAAAACGUGGAUACACUUAUAGUGACUCCAAACGACCGUCUUCUUGACUUAGUUGAUAAGCGGACGUCAGUUCCGGAUGCUUUCCAGCUUGCCGAUGAUGUUCUACGACAGGGAGUACAGGGAAUAUCAGACAUUAUAACAAUACCUGGUCUUGUAAAUGUGGAUUUUGCCGAUGUAAAAGCUGUGAUGAAAGACUCUGGAACUGCAAUGCUCGGAGUAGGUGUUUCAUCUGGUCAAAACCGUGCAGAAGAAGCUGCAGAAAAGGCUACUUUGGCACCUUUAAUUGGAUCCGCUACUAGAAUAGUUUAUAAUAUUACCGGAGGAAAAGACAUAACUCUGCAGGAAGUGAAUAGAGUGUCUCAGGUUGUGACAAGUUUAGCUGAUCCUUCUGCCAAUAUUAUAUUUGGAGCUGUUGUUGACGAUCGCUACAAUGGCGAGAUUUAUGUGACUAUCAUUGCAACUGGCUUCUCACAAUCCUUCCAAAAGAUGCUACUAACAGAUCCAACAGUUGCAUCUAAACAACUCCCGCGAAAGCUCUUCUUUUAGCUUCUUCAUUCUUUUGACCCUUUUGUAAAAAUAUUUAAACUUGAAUCUGGUUCUCGUCUCAUUCUUUGAUUGUGGAGAACGCUUUUACAAACUCUUGAAGAAAUUGGCCAUGACUGUGAUUCACGGUGUUAGUGUAACGUGUUAGUGUAA